AUGAAAACUGAAGAUCACACAAGUCUUGAAGAUCUCACAAGAUUAAAGAUCACACUAGAAUUGAAGAUCUCACAAGAAUUGAAGAUCUCACAAGAUCUGAUGAUCUCACAAGAAUUGAAGAUCACACAAGAAUUGAAGAUCUCACAAGAACUGAAGAUCACACAAGAACUGAAGAUCUCACAAGAAUUGAAGAUCUCACAAGUAUUGAAGAUCACACUAGAACUGAAGAUCACACAAGAUCUGAAGAUCACACAAGAUCUCAAGAUCUCACAAGAAUUGAAGAUCACGCAAGAAUUGAAGAUCUCACAAGAACUGAAGAUCUCACAAGAAUUGAUAAGAAUUGAAGAUCUCACAAGAAUUGAAGAUCUUAUGAGAACUGAAGACCUCACAAGAACUGCAUGA